CGCCGCGCUCCCCGCCGCCCCCCUUCCCCUUCCCUCCCUCCCAGCACCAUGUCGGGCCGCUCGGUGAGGGCCGAGACCCGCAGCCGGGCGAAGGAUGACAUCAAACGGGUGAUGGCGGCCAUCGAGAAAGUGCGCAAAUGGGAGGUCAUAAUUCUGUGAUUUUCACCAAACUCUGUUGCAAUGCAAGUGAGUGUGAUGUGAUAAAUUCAGCAUUAUGACGUCACUUCGUGAUCAUCAACAGAAGAUGGGGGAGAAGAAGUGGGUGACAGUUGGCGACACAUCCCUAAGGAUUUACAAAUGGGUACCAGUAACAGAGCCUAAAGUCGAUGAUAAAAAUAAGAAUAAGAAAAAAGGCAAAGAUGAAAAAUGUGGCUCUGAAGUGACCACUCCAGAGAACAGCUCCUCUCCAGGGAUGAUGGACAUGCAUGAUGACAAUAGCAACCAGAGUUCAAUAGCUGAUGCUUCUCCAAUAAAACAAGAAAACAGUAGUAAUUCAAGUCCAGCACCAGAACAGAACUUGGCAACACAAGCAGACGGCACUGAAGUAAAGUCUGACGAAACUCAGACAGAAGCAAAGGAGCAGCCUGGUUCAGAAGAUACCUCUGAUGAACAGAAUUCACAGUCUUCAAUGGAGAAUUCCAUGAAUAGUUCAGAGAAAGCAGACAUUCAGUCCUCUGGAGAAAAUGAUAUAAUUACAGAGGCAUCUAAAAACUCUCAGGACUCUGAAGGAGUGCCACCUUCUAAAAAGAUGAAAGUAGAGGCUUCCCAACAAAACAUUGAAGAGAUUUAGACUAUAGAUUUUUCUGGGCAGUUUUUAUGUAAGGUACAUCAAUGGGCUUAAUUAUAGAACAACCUUACUUAAGCAUCUUCUCUUGGAUGAGGACAGAACUCCUAACUUUUCAAGUUACCAAGCAAAAAUCCAAGAAAGCCUAACAAAGGUUUAACUUCUCAGACACUGAAAACUUUUUCCUGUGAAACAAACAUUGAGAACUUUUAAGUUACGGUCUCUGAAAUGGUUGGAGUAAACAACUCAGGAGGGGUCUACGCACUGUUUCUAAAGUCAAAAUUACAAUUAUGUUGCUGCUGUAUUUUUUUUUUUUUUCAUUUCUCUAUUUAACAUUGUAAGAUAUUUAAGGAUGGUACAGGUCAGGUAUUAGCUUUCAUGUGAAGUUCAUUGUUCUGGCGUGAUGUCUGCUUUUGUUUUGUGCCUUGUGUUCUGAAAACAGUGCUAACUUUUAAAAGUUGUUUUGCAACUGUCUCCUUUGCAAAGUGGCCUAUGUUUGUAUAAUGCCAUGUAGUAAGGCUUUUUCUUUUCUUUUUCUUUUCUUUGUUUGGGGUUUUUUUGUUUUGUUUUUAAUUUUUAAAUCCCUGGUGCUUAAAUUUUUAACAAAUACAGAUCAGGAAGCCAUUUUCACUCUUGGAGUCCAAGGAGAAAAAGGAGCUUGAUAUUUUAUUUUAGCAGCUAUAGUGAAGAUCUUUUAUUGAAUGCAUGGCAUUCGCAACUGUAAAUUUGGUCUUCUAAAUACUUAACUUCAUCAGAAGUUAAUAUGAUCUGUUUACCAUUUAUAGUCCAGAUCUGAGUAUAUACUAUAACACAGCAGUUAAAUACUUCGGUAUUAGGUCCAGAUCUCUGUACUGGGUACAACUCGCUUUACAGAACAGUUCCAUUAUGUACAUAAAUAGGAUCAAAGGGAUUGAUGCACAGUGAAUUUAUUUUCAAUUGGUCUUUUUUGAUAUCAAGUUUUCACUGAACUGGAUUUCAUUGUACUGUUUCUUUGUGAGAUGUUUACUUCUGUGUUCCAGGUUAAUACCGUAUUUGGGGUUUCUUUUUUGAUUUCAGCAAGUCUUGUAAAUAAGCCUUGUUGUUACCAUAGUCCCUACGUCAUUGUUAGGAAUGUUCCUUCAUGUUCAAUUAUGUCGAGGUGUGCUUAAGCUAAAAGUGAUGGAAAGGCACAAAGCAGGUGCAGCUCCCUUCAAAUUUGUGGCACGUGGAAGUGCAGAACCAUUUGCAUCAGGUCACGGGGCCCUGAUCCCACUGUGGGCUUUGUACUUCCAGGGUGAGCUCCCAGAUAUCAGUACCUGGUGACGGUGGGAACUGCUUGUUCCUCCCCUCAGUACACACCC